CGUGCAGUAAUGCACGCACAUGGGUCGUUCUGCUGAGUCUAUGCCCAGUGGAUUACUGCCUGUGUCUCCAGCUCUUGGUCCGUCUGCCUCAUUCUUCCUUUCCCUCCUCAGGAAAAGCGUCUCCAGGACCACCGGCAUGAGCCAGAAAGUCGUCCUCAUCACUGGCUGCUCGUCCGGCAUCGGACUGGCCAUCGCCGUUCUUCUGGCCAAAGAUGAGAAGAAGAGGUUUAUGGUCUACGCCACCAUGAGGAACCUGGCUAAACAGGAGCCUCUAGUGGAGGCAGCAGGACGCACUCUGGGCCAGACCCUGGAGAUCAGACCACUGGACGUGUGCGAUGAGAAAUCAAUCAAAGACUGUGUGGACGGCCUACCUGACCGCAGAGUGGACAUUCUCAUCAGUAAUGCAGGACUGGGCUUGGUUGGACCCAUCGAGUGCCAGGACAUUGAGGAGAUGAAGAGCAUCAUGGACACAAAUUUCUUCGGUCUUGUGCGCCUCCUGAAGGAGGUCCUGCCAGACAUGAAGAGACGGAAGAGUGGCCAUAUCGUGGUUAUCAGCAGUGUAAUGGGGAUUCAAGGUAUAUUGUUCAACGACAUCUACGCUGCCUCUAAGUUUGCGGUGGAAGGAUUCUGUGAAAGUCUGGCAGUGCAAGCUAUGCGAUUCAAACUGAACAUAAGCCUCAUCGAACCGGGACCAGUCGUCACAGAGUUUGAGCGUAAAGUGUACGAAGAGGGCAUGAAGACUGACCUCUCAAAAGCAGACCAAGUCACUGCAGACAUAUUCAUCAACGUCUACAUGAAGCACUGGAGCCAGAUAUUUGAAAGCCUCGGGCAGUCGCCAGAGGUCAUUGCAGAGCAUACGCUCAAAAUCAUCACGAUGGACAACCCACCCUUCCGCCAUCAGACCAACACUCUGUACACUCCGUUCACCACCCUGAAGUACGCUGACCCCACCGGUGACCUGCCCAUUGACACCUUCUACAAGGCGGUGUUUCAGCAUGAUAAGGUCUUUAGUGCCAGCCUCAACUUCCUCAAGCUCCUCCGCUGGAGAAGCCGCAAGAGCUUCAGUCUAGACAAAGACAAGUCUUAAUGUCUUAAGAAAGACCAUCUGCUCUUUCUCCACUAAUCCUAUCCCUCUGUUACUCUUAGCACGCAACACGUAAAAGUCACAAACGAUAGCUUUCAUAUCUGUAAUCUGACAUUGUCCACUGUACGCUCACCGGCCACACCGGCAUGUUAACACAAAUAGCUCAUCAGCCAAUCACACGGCAGCAACUCACUGCAUUUAGGCAUGUAGAGGUGGUCAAGACGACUUGCUGAAGUGCAGACCGAGCAUCAGAACGGGGAAG